AUGGAACUUGGAAAAUUCUUCGUGCUGGUUUUGGCCUGCAUUUUGCUCGUUUCGGGCAAUGCAGAUGCCAAAUUCACACGUGGGGAAAUCUCUACGGAACAGGACCAAUGCUGCUAUCGUCUCGUCAUAUUCGAUGAAAGUUAUGGACAGUGGGGAAGCAUACGACCGAACGAAGAUAGACUGACCUGUCGGGGGAAGAUCGAUAGGGUUAAAGAUCUUGAUUUUAAAAUCAAAUUGACUGGUCUUGAUCCUGUUUGUCAUGUGACUACUGAUGACAAUGGUUUCAAAUGGCUGGUUUGUCAAGGUACCAUCGACUUCGAAUCCCGACAGCGCCCACAGUACUAUUUUGUUCACCUGACUAAUUGCCGAUCCAACCGGAAAGGGUUAAGGAAUGUCUCGUUUUCUUUGCACAUGACAAAUGGAAACAAUCGUCUCAAAGAAUUCGCUGAAAAUCAGAAAUUCAUGAUGGAGACUGACUUGGCCUUCUUUCUUGGAUACGUGGUGAUGACUAUUGUGGCUACUCGAUUCAGAUACGUCUUGUCGCUGAGGAAACUACUGCACCUAACCUAUCGGUUAUUCUAUAGCAGUCUGUUCUUCAAGACAGUGUGUCUUCUACUCCUAAACAUCGAUUUAUCGAGGUUUGCCCGGACCGGACUUGAAAUGACUAAGAUGCAAGACGCUGCUGAGGUAUUCUCGUGGCUGUCUACGGUUUUCUUUGUGUGUGUUCUGCUGCUUGUGUCAAAGGGGUUCUCUAUCACCAGAGCUCAGAUAAGCCUACCUGGAACAGUGAAGACGAUAUGCUUUGGUUUCAUCUACUUGACCUUCUACACUAUCGUCUUCUUUGACCAACGUGUGCUCCUGGACCCCCAAGACAUCAUUGUUAGUAUGACGUCACUAUCAGCAAGCGGUUUGAUUGGCCUAAAGUUUACUGGUUCUAUCAUUUUCGUAUACGGCUGUAUCGUGACGAUCAAGAACCACCCAAGAAAGGUGCCCUUCUAUUUACCAUUCACUAUCUUCUUUAGUGUUUGGUUUGUAGCUGAGCCUACCUAUCGACUUCUAUACUUGUACGUCUACCCAGUUCUGAAAAGUCCUAAUAUCUGGAAUGGGAUCGACCUGGCUUUGUGUUUUACUGGACAUGCCUAUUUCCUGUACAUAACGCGACCGGACCGUCUUAAUAAACGGUUCCCUUUCCAUCUGCGAGCAGGCAAGGUUUCAUUCCGUGAUAUCGAUGAGGACGUAGAAGAUCUCUAUAUUCCAUCGAAGGACUUCUAUUCCAUUUUCCAAACUGGAAAGAAAUCGGAUAUCAGAACUGGAACGACAUUGACUAUCCCUGAAGGACCCCAGCACUUCCAAACACCAGUGUUGCCUUUCAACGCACCAUCGGAAGAGUGCCUGGCUGUCCUUCUCCGACCAUCCUUACCGGAGAUACCAACCGUGUCUGCUACUGUUGACCUAUCAUACCGAACACCAUCAUCAGAGAUACCAACCGUGUCUGCUCUUGUUGACCCAGCAAACCGAACACCAUCACCGGAGGUACCAACCGUGUCUGCUACUGUUGACCCAGCAUACCGAACACCCUCACCGGUUAUACCAACGGUAUCUGGUACUUUCCAGAAACAGACGCUUGCAACGUCCUCGGUAUUUGUUUCCAUGCCUUCUGUAGUGGCUAGGCAGUCGAUGAAGAUCACUCCUGCUGGGUCACCAACCGGUCAGAAACAAUUUCCGAAGAAUGACGGCGCGGCAGUUGAGAUCUCCACGGCUUCUGUUCCAAAGGGAGGAUUCUCUAUAUUCGCCGUCCAGAAACAACCGGUGAGUACCCUUAGAUGUAUAGAUAACAAUGUUACAAAUAAUUUCAAAUAA